CUCUUUAUAUUGGUAGUUUCUCUCUCAGAUUGUGUCAGAUGCACCAAAAGGGCUCCAAGAUGGUCACGGUCAUGGUUAGACUGGGGUGGCUGAUUUGUGGCUUCGUGGCUAUGUGUGAACCUGCCUUGAGGGCCAAUGCAUCCCCCAACUGCUACCGAAAAACCUGUCAUGGAAUAGCGUAUGACAGCUGCGUAGCUGUUUGCUGUGGGAAUCAGCUUCAUGUCGGGGCUGGGCUGUCCUGUUGCGGAGAUCAGCCUUUCAAUCCUGCAACAGCCUCCUGCUGCAACACAACACAUGGGCACUUUAAAGCUCAAGUGACACAGGGUUUAAGUGCGAAUGUUUCCCGUUGCUGUGGACUGAAGGCCUACGACGAACUCAAUGAAAUAUGUUGUGGGUCAACGAUUGUUGGCAGACCUGCAGCCGCGGCUGAAUGCUGUGGUAAAGAGGCAUAUGAUGUGGAAACGGAGCUAUGUUGUGGUGGGACGAUUCAAGUAAAGAACUCUGCUGACCAUCUGUGCUGUUCUGACAGCCAGUUCAACUUCAGGACUGAGUGUUGCCGCUGGAAUGAUGAUGGGUCUCAUGAGAUAAGCUCAAAGCCGAAGAAUUCACAAUGCGAUCCAGCGACUUCAGGUGUUCAAUAUCAGAAACCUGAACUUCAGCCUCACUGCACUGAACCAAACACACAUCGCUGUGGGUCAUUGUGUUACGAUCCAAACAAACGUCGCUGCUGUGAGAGAAAAGAGAUCAAGCCUCAAUGGAACCCUGCCUCAGGUCAACAUGAUGCUGCCUUCAGUGUGUAUGAUCCAGAUACACAUGUCUGCUGUGAUGGCCACGUGAAGCCUGGGAUGGAUCAAUGCUGUGGAGGAACACCCUAUGGCUCAGCACAACCUGGAGUUCUCUGUUGUAACAACAGAUUGUACAAAGACAGAGAGGAGGGAGAGGAAUGCUCAGACACAAGUAUUCCUUACAACCCAGCUAAAGGGACUAUAUGUUCUUCUCAGUUUCAUGGCUCCCCCGGCCAGCACUGCUGUGGGACAGAAGUCUACCAGCCUCGUGAUGAGAUCUGCUGCGAUGGGCACAGAUAUCCCAAAGAAGAAAACCUUCACUGCUGUGGGAUUAAAGCAUACAACAUUAAAGACCCAAAAAUGAAGUGUUGCGCAGGAACGUUGUACAACGUGGCACAUCUGAGAAACAGAGGUGAUGUGACAUGCUGUGGAUCCAUUCUACGAAACCCACAGGAGCAGAAAGUUUGCUGCUCAAGUAAGGACAACGCGGUGCUUUACUCUGGAAAGACGGGAUUCGGCUGUUGUGGGCACCUCUAUUUCAACUUGUCUCUGUGGUCGUGCUGCGCAGAAAGUCUGAGUCCAGUACAACGGUCAGGACAGCAGCAGAGAAAGAUGACUGAAUGCAGACUUCAAUCUGUGAACAAUCUGAAAGAAACACAUCUUUGCAGAGAAAUCUACAUUGGAACCGUGCAAAGUGUGUCUCCGAACAGCAUUGUGUUCAGCAGUGUGCUGAAAAUCAAUGGAACAAAUGGAAAUGUUCACCCAGUGCCCUUCCACUACGUCCUGGCAACACCCAAUCGCUGCAACACCCCAAAACUGAUUCUUGGGAAGUUCUACUACUUCAAUGAUGUAAAUGUUGUUGCUGAUUUCAACCAUGACACUGCACUCCAGUCACUCUAUUUCCUUUUAAACAAAUGCUCUCCAUAGGACACCACUGGCUGAUCUGUUCCUGUGCUCCUGGUCAGUGUUAUUCAGUUAGUCAUACUCUGAACAACUACUCAAUCAUAUUUACACACUUACUUAUUACAUUACUAUACUAAUAAUGCAGUGCCUGUUCAACUGGCGCCUGUUCAGGGCCAUUGCUUGGUCUUCAGUAUUGCUGCAUGCAGCUUUCUCAAUAUCAGCAACCAACCACUCAUCCAGACCAAACUGUUGGGUUACAACAACAGCUGGAAGCAUUUAAACUCUAAAUAGUUGUUGCCUCGUAAGGUAUAACCAAUCACCAUUGAGAGAGCUUUAUCCUUGACCAGCUCUAGAUUGCUCUGAGCAGCAUGUUGUCUUUUGAAUUGAUAAAUCUCAUUAUUUUUUUAUUACUGUAGCGACUACUUUAUGAAAUAUCAUAAAGAUUAUUUUUUAGUAUUUGAUUAAUAGAACAAUUGUUUUACCGAAAAUGAAUAUCAAAAAGUCUCAAUAAUAUUUUUAAAUUGAAUUCAAACAUCUAAUUAUCAUGUCACUGCUGUGUUAUUAUGCUAAUAGUAAUAACAGCUGUUCUCGUGCAUUAAGCCAUUUCCAGUUUGCAAUUCUUCCAGAGCACCACGCUGUAGGGUCUAAAAUGCUCUCACAGGUAAGAUGAUUGUGGACAAGGUUUUUUAGCUGCAGCUUGUUGUCCAGGCCGCACCUAACCAAAGCCUUAGUUAGGACCUGGCUGACAUUUUUACAACAUUUCAUUGGCGUUACAUCAAUGAGGUGCACCAGCUCUACCAUAGAAUGCCCUUCAAUGUUUGUUUUUAAAAUUGUUUUGCAUUCUUUAGAACCGCUUGUCCAAAUUACUGCAGACUCCAGUGUACUUGCUUGCUUCCCCCAAAAAUAGUAUGCCAAGUUUGAAGUACAUCGGAUGAAUCGUUGUCUAGAAAAGCAAAGCACACACACACACACACACACACACACACACACACACACACACACACACACACACACACACACACACACACACACACACACACACACACACACACACACACACACACACACACACACACACACAG